UGGAUCUUGAGAAGUCCAAAAAUAGUGAAGGUUUACAGACGACAAAGUUUGAUCCAAAAAGCUUCACUUGAGCUGAGUAAACACACUGGAGAAUUGAAUUCUUCCAAACACGCUCCUAGAAAUUUUCAACAUCCUCAAAUAUUUGGCAAGAUUAACUGACUUUUCGAGUAAACAUGAAGAUUGCGAUUAUUCCAGGAAACGGUGCGGGUGAUGUUUUUCAUGCCAACUGGUACGGCUGGGCGCACAAACAAAUUAAUAAGUUAGAGAAUGUCGAGUGUGAUUUACGAAAUAUGCCAGACCCCAUUACUGCAAGAGAGUCCAUAUGGAUUCCAUUCAUGCACGACGAGAUGGGAUGUGACGAGAACACCAUUAUCAUUGGCCACAGUUCUGGGGCAGAAGCAGCUAUGAGAUUUGCUGAACGAUACAAAGUCUUGGGCAUUAUCUUAGUCUCAGCAUGUGUCACAGACUUGGGAGAUGACAAUGAACGGGCAAGUGGAUAUUAUGACAGGCCUUGGGACUGGACAAAGAUUCAAUCCAAUACAAGCUUUGUUGUACAGUUUGGGUCCACCGAUGAUCCCUUUAUCUCCUGGGAGGAGCAGCAGGCUGUCGCAGAUGGACUGAAAUCUGACCUCAGAAAAUAUCUCGAUAAAGGUCACUUCAUGAAUAGUUCAUUUCCUGAACUAAUGAGUGUUGUCAAAGACAAACUUCAUAAAUAAAAACUUAACAAAAACUA